AUGACAUCCAAUCAACUAUCCCACUGUUGUAUCACCGGAACUCUUCAUAAUGGGGAGGCAACAGGCGAGAUAAAGCCCAUUGGCAAAAUAUCAACCUACAUCGCCUACCCAGAAACCAGAUCCACAAAGAAAGCAAUUAUAAUCCUGACAGACGUGAUGGGUCACAACCUCAUCAAUGCCCAAUUAAUCGCCGAUCAAUUCGCUUCAAAGGGAUACUUCGUCGUAAUGCCAGACCUCUUCAACGGCGAUAUAGUCCCGCUCAACAGACCCGAAGGCUUCAAUAUCAUGGAAUGGCUAAAGAACCACCUACCACAACAAACAGAGCCCAUAAUCGAUGCAGUCAUUAAAGAGAUGCGUGAGACCCUUGGCUGUGAGAGAAUUGGUGGUGUGGGCUAUUGCUUUGGCGGGAAGUAUGUCUGCCGGUACCUGAAGCCCGGCAAGAUUGAUGUUGGAUUUACGGCUCAUCCGACUAUGGUUGAUGCUGAAGAAUUGCAAGGAAUUGAGGGACCGUUGAGUAUCGCCGCUGCUGUGAGGGAUGCUGUUUUUACGACCGCUAAGCGACAUCAGAGCGAAGAUGUCUUGGAUCAGUUGGAUGUGCCUUAUCAGAUCAAUCUGCUCUCGGACGUGGAGCAUGGCUUUGCUGUUCGGUGUGAUUUGGCGAAGCCGCGGCAGAAGUUUGCCAAAGAACAGGUGUUUGCCCAGGCUGUUGCGUGGUUUAAUCAGUAUCUUGUUGUGUAA